AUGAAGCACGGAGGUUCCCCUACAAGGGCCGCACAGGUCAACCAGGAGCGUAGCACAAGCCCGCUCUUUGCGCCUGAGCCAUCGUACUUCUACCCAUAUGCUCGUCCGGAAUCCGCACAUUUGCGCUCAUCAAAAGAAUCCGAAUCCAAAGCCUCUCUAUCACUUUCUUCGAAUGACCGGCCGCUCUCCUUCCAUGGAGCAGUUCGCGACCUCAAGGAGCUUCGCGCUCUCUACGUCCCAUUUAUUUCCUCCGAGGAGGAUUUGACUCCGUCUUCGAGUAAUACCGCGAAUUAUAUUCAAUCUUCCUCAAUCGUUUCUGUCCCAUCUUCACAGUGCCGUCUUCCGCAAGGUUCCGCUGUUUCAGUCACUUCACGCCCUGGAUCAAGCAGGCAGUCCUUCCAUAUGGGCAAAUUCACACCUCCGGCACGAAUCAAUGCCCGUUCGGGCAGAUUGUCUAAAUCCAGUCUACCGAUUGUAACGCCAGCCUCACCAGCUUCGAAGACAAGCGAAACUGAGAGGGAGUCAGUGCCAGAUAUUCUCCCCGAUGCUUCAACCCGCAUACUCGAGCAAUUUGUGAAGUUGAUCAAUUCAAUAGACAUGCAAUCGUUCAGCGGGGAAGAAAAAGAUCUGGUAAUGAACGUGGAUCCGCUCGGACCGUUGCACGUUAGAUCACAAUCUUCCCUGGGAACGAAGUCUAAAGCAUCAAAACGUGAUUCUUUGGUCCCUUCGGCCCGACAGAUAAACUUCUCUUCGACGGUGUAUAACUAUGGGAAUUCCCAAUUGCCUUCGAACCUGCCACAUCUCCGAGUCACCCUUCCCAUAUGGCCUAUCCUCUGUCUCGCUGCACAAUUCUCACAGCGUGCCUAUAGCAUGCCUUCAGACUCGGAAAGGGAAACCUUUGUUGAGGCCGACGUUAAAGGCGGGACCAAUGCUAUGGUGAUCAAGUCCGUUGCUCUAGACCACAUUGAUCUCGUCGUGCUUUCGAUUAGAGGAACAAUGUACACUUCUUUCAAAGAUUGGGCUAGCAAUAUGACGAUAGAGCCCCAGUCACCAGCUGGGUUCCUCGACAAUUCUGAUAACCUGUGCCACGCGGGCUUCUUGGGCGUCGCUCGACAACUGAUUAAGCCCGUAGCCUCGCGUCUCCGACAAAUUCUGAGAGACAACCCGUCUCGUUCUGCCGGUUCGCUGGUUAUAACCGGACAUUCCACUGGCGGGGCCAUUGCAAGUCUCCUCUACGCACACAUGCUCUCUCAGAACGUCAAGUCCGAUCUCAUCAACCUCCGGCGCUCCUUCAAUCGAAUCCAUUGCGUUAGUUUCGGUGCACCACCCGUUUCGGCCCAGCCUCUUAACAAGCCAACCGAGAAAGAUUUCCAAAACUGGUUGUUUUUCAGCAUCAUCAAUGAAGGCGAUCCCGUAACCCUCGCCGAACGGCCAUACGUCCGUUCUCUCAUCGACUUAUACAACACUCCUCCUCCUCCCGUUCAACCAGCGGGCUUCCUCUCCCGUAAAUUUGCCUUCCUGAUCUCGAGGGAUCGGAAGAAAUUCGAUAAGCGCAAGGCAACGUCAGCGGUAUGGUCCAGACCGGCGCCGAAGCUGACAUUGCCAGGAGGGUUGAUAAUCCUACGAGGCAAUGAAGGAAAAGAGGGGAAACAGUGUGCCCGAGCGUAUUUAACGCGAAACGAAGAGCUGGCCAGAGUUGUAUUUGGCGAUGUCAGUAUGCAUUCCAUGGCGCUGUACCAGAAACGAGUGGAGAGUUUAGCAACCGAGGCGGCCUGGGCGAAAUUACACGAAGCGUCUUAG